GAGACUUUGGGCUUGCGAGUGCCGUCCUGAGUAGCCAGCCAUCCCCUUGCAGGCAUGAAUAUAGAGGGGCGGUGAUGCUCGCUCUUGGAGCAAUGCCACCCCAUCACUCCCUCUUCCUCCUCUUCACUUUCCAUUCUGCUCUCGUCUUGUGCUUCAACGCCAUCCUCUUUCUGACCCACCUCCAGAGCUCUGGCUACUUCUCUGUGUUCUGGGUUAAUGAUUGCGUAGACAAGUUUUGGCUUGCACUUCAAGGUGGACGUUGCUUUUUUUCUAGUUGUGCAGGUUCUUUUUUCGGUAGCAAUAGAUUGCUUCUGGAUAGGUUGUGAGGGAGCUAGAGUAGGACCAAGAGCAUGAUACUACAUACCGUUGAGCUCGUUUGUCUACAGUAGUGACUGUUGUGCGCACUCCUGCACAUAUGAUACUCGUGGAGAUUCCUUUCUCUCUUUGUUGUUGGUUUUAUUUUUACCCAAGUGCUCCUGCUGUAGUGGUUGCAAGCUGCGGCGGGAGAUGGUUCUUGUGUCUGAGUGAGAGGGGGAGUGCGUGCGUGUGUACCAUUUUGUUGAGGUGUGCAGUGGAAUUGUGGUAGAGUUUGAAGGUGGUGGAUGCGGCCACCAUGGACGUAGUGGGUGGCGUCAUAGUGGCCGGGCACAGCAGCAAGAUGGGGAGUUCGGGAGUGUCGCGUGGAAAUUUGAGCGGUACAAAGCGCAGUUUCUGGGGAGGGGACAACUACAACGAGGAUUUCACCUCGUCUUUGAUGAAGCAGGGAGAACCACCACAGCGAAGCUUGAGGUCAGGGUCAGAGUUUCAUUCUGGGCGAUGGGGGCUGAACACGACGAUGAGGAGCUGCACCCAGCGGAGUGAAAUGGAAGCGAAGGGUGGGAUGGGCAGUGAGGCCGACCUGUGGAGCGUCUUGAACUGCGCAACGCUUAAGAGUGGGAUCUUUAUUGUUUCGGGGGAUGGGUUGACCAGGGCGAGACAUGAGGGAAUUCCGGAAGGGCGCAAGGGAAGUGUCGAGGUCAAGAUCGAUUCAUUGACGACGGAAACCAUUAGUUGUGAACAAGGGUCGAUAAACUCCGCAUUGUCUGCCAACGAGGAAGGGUUCAGUUUUUGGGCCUCGGCACCCCACACGUAUAGAUCUUACUUGCUUAAGCCUUUAGAUCCCUUUGUGAAUAUUACCACUGUAGCAGCUGAUCUAUCUUGCGGUGGAGUACACUGCAGUAACUCUCUAGAAGCAAACAAAGACAUACAGAAGGCCCUUAUGUUUGGAGAUAGCAGCCUCUUUCUGAACCCCCCCAUCAUAGCUACAGUGCACAACGAGGGGGAGCCCUUGCAAAAGUGUGCCACUGUUAUUAGCUCGCAAACGCAAUCUCAAAAUGCGGGGAAGCAGGACGUUGGGACUAGCUCGGGGAAUACGUUUGCAAGUUUAAGUUCUGUCUUUAUGGAUGGAAUCUCACCCACAAGCACUAGGGAAUUAGUUGCUCCCUUCUUCCGGGACAACAUUUCGGCGUUUUCAAAGCCUGUGUGGUCAUGGGUAGAUCCGCUUAGAUUUCUCUUGAGGAAGGAGCUCACCGUUACGGACGUCGGCGAACUGGGUCGCAUCGUACUCCCCAAGAGGGAUGCGGAAUAUCAACUCCCACGACUAGAAGCCAAAGAGGGAAAGCUGCUAACUAUGGAAGAUUACAACUCUAUAAACAAGUGGACACUACGGUACAAAUGGUGGCCCAACAACAAAAGCCGAAUGUAUAUAUUGGAAAACACAGCAUAUUUCGUCAAAUACUACAACCUCAGGGAGAAAGACGAAAUCAUUGUCUACAAGGAUGCCCAAGAGAAGCUGGUGAUUCGAGGUAAAAAAGGACCAUCUUCAGCAUCGCCGGGAACGUAUCCUUCAUUGAGACACUCAGGCUUCACAGGCAUGAACCUAGAAAAACGUGCUUCAAAAUGCAUCUACGGUCGGUCGAACAUCCACAAAAGCAAUCCAACGGCCUCCAGCUCUUACUCAUAUGCACUCCCAGUGUGGUCUAACAACACAAACGCUAGCUUAAAUUCAUUCGAAAAGCCAUCUCCACACGGGCUAGCCAUGGAUUUCUCCACGGGAGAGUUCAAGUGCAGCUAGGUGGAGUCCAAACAGCCCAUGCAGUAUUGAAUAUCUUACAUACUUGUCGCUGAAUAAGCAUCACUCUAGUGGUUGCAUUGUGCAUACCUUUUCAGGACAGUAUAAGGUAGGGUCUCGUGGUGGUAGUGGUGGUGGUGUGAGGAUGGGGCUGAAUUUCCGGACCAGUUAAUGCGUUAAGGUCAUACAAAAACUCACAACAAACGUGGCCUCUAUAGUUGUGCCAAAAGUUGAUUUUCGCUUGCGAGGGUCAUGAUUUUUUCUAAUAAUAUUAGCUCACGUUGUAUAGCUUAUUAGUAGGAAGAGUGUGGCUCUUCAACUUUCGUACAAUUCAUUCAUCUCUUCUUGUUUAAUGAAAGAAUGGAUUUUGUUUGAUCAUUUCUGCUUAAUGCAAAACAUUUAGCAGAAACGUAUUUUCUACUA